AUGACCGAGGGGCCGGCAUAUUCCAAGAAGAUUGUCGUGGUCGGCGACGGCGGCUGCGGCAAGACCUGCCUGCUGAUUAGCUACAGCCAAGGAUAUUUUCCAGAGAAAUACGUCCCGACCGUCUUCGAGAACUACAUAACCUACCCAGUACACCCGCCCACCGGUAAGACGGUGGAGCUUGCGCUGUGGGAUACCGCCGGGCAAGAGGAGUACGACCGGUUGCGCCCGCUCUCCUACCCGGAAACCGACCUCAUCUUUGUCUGCUUCGCCAUCGACUGCCCCAAUUCGCUCGAGAAUGUAAUGGACAAGUGGUACCCCGAAGUCCUGCACUUCUGCCCUUACACCCCACUGAUCCUAGUCGGCCUCAAAUCCGACCUGCGCUACAAGAAGACCUGCAUCGAGAUGCUCAAGACGCAGGGACUCACGCCCGUCACCACUGAGCAAGGGUUGGCCGUCGCCAAGAAGAUGGGCGCGCAGUACAUGGAGUGCAGCAGCAAGGAGAUGAAGGGCGUCGAGGAGAUCUUUGAGCGCGCCAUUCUGACGGUCGUGGCCAACGACCGCAAGGCGCUCGAGGCAGAGGCAGAGGCCGCUGCCUCGUCCUCCGGCCUUGUUUCCCGGGGUGGUGAUGGUGCCAAGAGUGGGAAGGCGAGGAGAGGGAGUACGGCCGUCCUUGGUGGUGGUGGUGGGGAGAUAACGUUUGGGAGCGACGGCCUGCAGAUUCCGGUUGUUAAGAAGAAGAAGAGAAUGUGCAGGCUUGUCUGA